AUGGCGACCGAGACCACACCCCAGAACGCCUGGGUGGAGAGUUAUCUCAAUGCCCUCCUCACGUACGGCCUGUCCUCCGAGUACGCCGGGGAGACCAAGACCGCGCAGUCCAAGAAGGCCCCCGAGUCGGAUAGGUCGACAUACAACAGAUUCUACGUGCAGAGCCUGCUGAACCUGAAUGAGGAAGCCCUCAGCGCCGCAUGGCUGAAGGUGCAUGGCAAGGGGGCCGCAUCUGUGACCAAGCACGGCAACGACAAGGACGCCCGCCUGCAGUACCUCUCCUGGCGCAUCUGGUUCAUGAAGAAAAAGCACGCCACCGUGGUGCGCUCCCGGCCGCAGGAGGUGGUGGAGGAGGACUCCGGCAUCCACUCCCCCGAGGAGCUGAGCGAGGACGAGGGGUCCGCCGCGGGCGCGGGCGCGGCGGGCGCGCCCGGCGGCGAGCCGCGCGCAGGGCGCCCCGCGCGCCGCUCCGCCUCCUCGGCCAAGCUGUCCAGCGCGGUGCCCUCCCCCUCCCCCGAGCCGCGGCCGCUGCCCAGCCAGACGGGAUGGCAGGCCGAGGGCGGCAGCGGCGCCGACCUCAAGGUCAAGGUGGGCCGCCGCCCCGGCGUGCACUUUGACACCGCGUUCGAGGAGUUCCACGCCGCGCCUUCGCCACUGCAGUCGGGCACCCCGCCCUUCGGCCCCGACUCCGGCGGCGUGUACGACAAGCUGUACAUCAUCCUCAUCUCCCUGCACGGCCUGGUCCGCGGCGAGCACAUGGAGCUGGGCCGCGACUCCGACACCGGCGGCCAAGUCAAGUACGUGGUAGAGCUGACCAAGGCCAUGGCCCUUCACCCCGCCGUGCACCGCGUGGAGCUGCUGACGCGGCAAAUCACCGACCCGGGCGUGGACGCAUCGUACAGCGUGGAGGAGGAGUGCCUGGCGCGAGGCGCGGGGGACACGGGCGGCGCCUUCAUCGUGCGCCUGCCCUGCGGCCCGCCCGACGAGUACGUGCGCAAGGAGCUGCUCUGGCCCCACGUGCGCGAGUUUGCGGACCGCGGCAUCGCGCACGCCGGGCGCCAGCUGGCGCGCAUGGCCGAGGGCGGGCGCCGCUGCGAGCUGUAUGCGGUGCACGGGCACUACGCCGACGCAGGGGAGGUGGCGGUGCUCAUGGCCAGCAGCCUGGACGCGCACAUGGUCAUGACGGGGCACUCCCUGGGGCGCAACAAGCUGGAGCACCUGCUGAAGGGCGGCGCCAUGACGCGGCGCGAGAUCGAGGAGGCCUAUGCCAUCGGACGGCGCAUCGAGGCGGAGGAGCGCGCGCUCGACACCGCGCUCAUGGUCUUCACCUCCACGCAGCAGGAGAUCGACGAGCAGUGGGGGCUGUACGACGGCUACUCCCCGGGUCUGGCCCGCGUGCUGCACUUCCGCCGCUCCUACGGCCGCCACAUGCCCCUGCUCAAGGUCUCGCCGCCGGGGCUGGACUUCAGCAACCUCAAGGUCACCAUCCCCGCCGACCCCGUGGUCAAAGAGUUCGAGGCCGCGCGCGCCGCCUUCGCCGAGCGCGAGCUCGCGCCCGCCGCGCCGGCGGCCCAGACCCAGGCUAGCGGUGACGCCGUUGCGGGGGGGGGGACGCCCCCUCCGUCCCCGGCGGCGCAGACCCCACGCGUGCCAGACACGCUGGACCCGCGCGUGGCGCUCAUCCCCGAGGGCCCGCGCAUCUGGCAGGACAUCGCGCGCUUCCUGCGCAACCCACUGAAGCCCGCCAUCCUGGCCAUGUCGCGCCCCGAUCCCAAGAAGAACCUGGUCACGCUAGUGCGCGCCUUUGGCGAGUCGCCCAUGCUGCGCGAGCUCAGCAACCUGGUGCUCAUCAUGGGCAAUCGCGACGACAUCGAGUCCAUGUCCACGGGGACGCAGAAGGUCCUGGUUCAGGUGCUCAAGCUCAUCGACAAGUACGACCUCCAUGGCAGCGUGGCGUACCCAAAGCAUCACACCCAGGCCGACAUCUCCGACAUCUACAAAUUUGCCACCUCCACGCGCGGCGUCUUCACCAACAUAGCCCUGCAGGAGCCCUUUGGCCUCACCGUCAUUGAGGCUGCCGCGCACGGCGCUCCCACCGUGGCCACGGCCAACGGCGGCCCCGUGGACAUCAUGGCCACGCUUCACCACGGCGUCACCGUGGACCCCACCGACACCCAGGCGGUCAUCGCGGCGCUGCUCAAGAUCCUGACCAACUCCCAGACCUGGGAUGAGAUGAGCAAGGCCGGGGUCAACAACAUCAUGGCCUACUCCUGGCCCUCCCAUGUCAAGCGCUACGUGGAGGCCCUGGAUGCGGAGGUCCGCUUUAUCAAGAGCUACAAGCGCCAUGACCGCACCAUGUCUGGCCUGCUGGACAGCCGGGUGGCGCUGAAGAGUGCACUGGAGGACAACGACGCCCACGUGAAGAAGCAGGAGACCACGGCCAUGGACCGCCACUUCAGCCUGCCGCAGCCCUCCCGCUCCAGCAAACUGCAUGGCCACGGGCCCAGCAACCUGCAGCCCAUCCGCCGCAACAUCAGCGGCAUCAGCACCGAUGACAUGGCACUGCUGCAGAGCCAUGGGGCAGAGGCACCCAAACCAAACAAGUCUCCCGCCGGCAUCGAGCGCGACCACCUGGUCUUCUUCAGCCUGGACCACGAGGCAUGUGUUGGUGACGUGGCGGCUGCCAUCCUCUCCCUCCAGAAGAAGGUGGAGGCCGCUGGCGCCAGCGUGGGGGCGGGCGUGCUCUCCAUGAUGGGCUUCGAGACCUCCAAGGCCCUCCUCCAGAGGGAAGGCGUGGACCUGGAGAGCAUCGACUUCAUGGUGUGCAACAGCGGCGCCGACACCUGGCACCGCGCAGACAACGGGGAGUGGGACGCCGACGAGGGGUAUCAAUCCCUGAUCGAGUUUGAGUGGGACCGGACCUCCUUGUACCGCACCCUGCGGAAGAUCGUGAGCCGCCCUGCGCCUGGCGACAACUCCAAGGCCCUGCCCAGACUCAAGGAGCUCCUGUACAAUGUGGUGGAGGCCCCCGAGGUGGGCGUCCACCCGCGCCACUUCUGCAUCGAGCUGGACCCGGAGACACAGUCCAUCCUGGCCGUGGGCAUGGGUCCGCGCGCCAAGGACACCAAGGGCGUGGCCCUGGCCGCCACCGUCACCGACCGCCUCAAGCGCCGCCUGCGCAGCAAGGGCUUCCGCGCCUCCUACACCCUGCAGAUGAUCCCUCGCGGCUCCAGCCACACCGCGGCACUGCACAUCACGCCCGUGAGGGCCAGCCGCGCGCUGGCGCUGCGCUUUCUUGCCCGCCUCUGGGGCAACGACCUGGAGAGCGUGACCGUGGUGGCCCUCGUGCCCUCCACGCGUGGCGAGGAGGCAAAGGCCAUGACGGUGUCCAGCCACACCAACGACCUGGCCGACCUUCUGGCCGGAAUGCAGCGGGCGGUGGUGGUGCCGGUGGAGUCCAAGGACAAGCUGCCCCAGGAUGAGCUCCUGGACCAGUUUGGCGUGGACCUCCAGCCCUGGGCCUCCUACGGCGACCGCGUGAGCGUGGAGGCACCGGACAGCUUCGCGGACACGCUGCUGGCCAAGCUGGCCAAGUAG